UUGCAUUCAGCUACAUCACUAAUAAACACAUUUCUUAACAUUUUCUCAAAUUUUAUUUUCUCUCUCCUUCUCACACCCCGAACCACAUGGCUUCCAUUUCGAGUAUCUCUUCUCCGAACCUCACUUUCCCGAAGCAAAACCUCCUUGUUACCUUCCCUCUCAAACGACCCUCACUUCUCCACUUCCCUUCCCAAACUUUAUGCCUCUGUCUCAACUCCGUCUCCGACGGCAACCACAACAACACAAACAAUAACGACCGCCGAUGGGAUUCGAUGCUCCACGAAUUCGUCACCGGCGCUAUGAAGCAAUUCGAAUCCUACUUCAACGCGCUCAUGAAAGCCCGCACUGCCGAUGAAGACCGCGGUGAUGUUAACGAUGAAGAUUGGGAUUGGAAUCAGUGGCGUCAGCAUUUCGAUGAGGUUGAUGACCAGGAACGUAUUGUCAUCAUCCUCAAGUCUCAGUUACGGCAUGCUGUAUACAUGGAGGAUUAUGAAGAAGCUUCUAGGCUUCAGGUGGCGAUUGCAGCUGCAUCUAACAAUGACAGUGUUGGAAAAGUGAUAUCUCUUCUCAAAAGAGCCAUAAAAGAAGAGCGGUACCAUGAUGCAGCUUUUUUAAGAGAUAAAGCUGGUGCUGGACUUGUUGGUUGGUGGACUGGUAUUUCAAAAGAUGUAAAUGAUCCACAUGGAUAUAGGAAAGAAAGAAUUAACGAGUUCGAUUUCGCACCUCUUGAAGAUCACAGUGUGAAAUCCGCGCAAAUUCUCUUCCAAUUCAGUGAAACAGAUGUGUUAUUACGCUCAAGAAGAUGA